AUGGGACGUCCUGCCACCACUGCUGGCGAUACUAAGUCGCCACGGAGUCUGCGUACGAGCGAGCACGAGGGGUCCAUGUUUGCUGCACCUCAGCACUUGGCUGUCAGGGCGCAAAGGGGAAUUUAUUCUGAAGUCCUCAAACCAACUUCUCUAACGGAAGUUCAGCUGGCCACUCGAGGACCUUCUGGCAGAGUUUCAGUGGCAGGACGUAAUGAAAUUCCUUUUCUGCCCGUUGGAAACCUCCGCUCAACGGGAGACGGGGGACGAGUGCUGGCGCCUCCGGUGCCCCACACUGUGGCGGAUGUGAAACCUAAAGUGGUUGAGCCGUUUGAGCAAAGCCCUGCGCAUCCGCCAAGAAAGGUGACAGUGGAACGACGCAGGCGUCUCUACGCUUCACUAAAUAUCGAGGAGCUGCUUGUCGAGCGAGGCAUCAACUACGCUGAUCCUCAGUUCGACUCUCAGAGAUGGCUUCCUUUGGAUCCUUUCGACGACACAACCUACGAUGACCGUUGUCCAGAGGAGUGGAUUCUCCUCGGAUAUGACGAGCAAAAGCAUUUCCUUCCGCUUGAGGCAAAAGGCCUCCGGAGACAAGUGGGAGGCUCUGGAACCUGGGAGGAUUGCCAUGUCUACAGCUACGAUGGAGAAAGCAACAUGUUCGCUGUUCGAUGGGUCAAAGACAACCGCGAAAGCGACGAGUCCGUGAAGUUGCUUCGCAUGCAGUUGCUCUUCAAGGUAGAGGAUCCCGUCAAAUUCGCCGACCGACUGGUUGCUGCGCACCAAUCGAGACGCUGGGCCGAGAGCCUCAUAAAGUAUAACUAUUACAUUGACAACAUGCCAACAGAUGACAUCAAAGCACUAGGAGACCCGCAGGAGAAGCGAAUUGUGGGGGCGGCCAGGAACAUGCAGAAGAUCCGCCAGGCGAAGAAACUCCCCGUGAAAGCUCUGCUGCAGGAAAUCAACCUCAUGUUUGCGCGAACAAUGAAUAAAAUUGCUUUCGACAAACACAUGAACCAAAAUCGAGAGGACAGAAUGUACAGAGACUUGGAGUUGCCUCCCAAAGCUCUCCCGCCUCCGCCGCCAGAGUUCGGCCUGGUGGAGACGCCUCCUCAUGAUUUUACAAGACUGUUUGCUGCAUUCUGCGUUUCGUCGCUCUACGUGAAAUCCGAAGUCAUUCAUGCUCUGAGAGAAAUCCGGGCAGAGUGCAACGCAGUCCUGACGCGCUGCAUCUACAACGUCAAACCCACAAAGGCAAUGAAGCUCGAAGAGUUUAAACAGACGCAGAGGGCGGCGAUUAGUCAGCUGGCCUUCGACUUGCAAGAGACCUGGGCGCAGAACGUGCAGAAGAUCGUUGUCAAAUACUUCGCCGACGUUGGCAAAGGAUGGUUCGACAUCUCCGAAACAAAUAAGGAAUCUUACAAUUACGGAAAAAUCAAGAAAAUGCUUCUUGUCACCAGUUUCCUCAUGCAAGACAGUCUACGCUACAUGACGAUGGACUCUCUAGCGGCUUUCACGCGGAUGAUUGAGGACCGUCGACCGGAGGAGAUUGUGGUCGAAUCUGUCUCCGUAGUCAAAGCGCGUUCGAAGCGACAGGAAGAGGGUGUCGCGGAGUCUUCUCCUCGCGAAGGAACGCGAGACUCCAACAGCCUGUUCGUCUUGGAUCUAACGCGCAGUCCAGAUGACAAAGCUUUUCAGUUCAGUGUUUCCCCGGCAACCUUUCUUCGAGCUGUCAUCGAAGUCUUCGAGAAAGGAGUUGUGCAAAUGGGAGAUGUACCACAGCCUGAGAAACUCGUCCUUCCUCACCUCUUCAAAAGUCAACCGAAACAUGUCCUCGCCUCGGUCAACCUCGACGAGAGGCGCGUGCAAGAGUACAGGAGGCGAAUUGAAGAGGCAAUUACAUUUUACGUUCCCCACCUCGAUCGGUUCCUCGCUCUCUUUGACAAAUACCUUGAAAUCCUCCAACUGAAGCCAGAGGAGACCGUCAAGGAAAUCGAGCAAAAGACGAACGGCUCGGCAGCGAGUGACCAACUGAAGCAGAUGGCAGAGGAUUUUUUCAGGAGAGAAGCAAGCCUGCUGGAUGAGAUUCCAGACUCGACAACGAUCGGCGCCUUCUGCCUCAACUGCUGUGACAUCAAGCGUUUCCUUGCGCAGAAACUGCAUGCAGUUGGAAAUCUCAUCCUCGACGUCAUUGCUCAGAGGUUUCGAGACCAAUGCACGCAGACUUUGGACCAGUUUCGUGGCUUCUAUGCGACACUGAAGAAGCGCCCGAAAAACAUCGAAGAGUUGACGGAAAUGAAAACCUUUAUCGGCGACAUUCCUGCAAAGUUAGAACGACUUGCGUUCGACAUCAAAAUGAAUCUCCACACGUUUGCCAUUCUUGAAGAAUUCAAAUACAAACUGUAUGUCGAGGAUCACAACCUUCGGUGGAAGAUGUUUGGAUCGCCCCUGGAGACGCUUACGCUAAUGGCUGAGACGGAGAAGUCUCUCGAGAAAGAUCGACAAGUAUUUCUUGAAGAGCUGCUCACGCAACAGGCUGAGUUCGAGGAAACCAUCAAAGACCUGGAAGGCAUCGUGUCGAGUUUCUCUCAGUAUUCCGACAUGUCAAAGUUGGACGAAAUCAGCGAAAAUGUCCUUUCUGUUAAUGCACGCAUCGAGCUGAGCGUCCAGUCGGCCAAACUUCACAACGCGAGAGAAAUGCUCUUUGGAAAGCCUGCAACGGAUUACUCUCGCGUCCACCAGCUCAAGAAGGAUUUCGCACCGUUCUCCACGCUCUGGCUGACAGCUGCUGAGUGGCAACGGAGCAAAGUCCAGUGGCACAAAGGACCUUUUGAAGAAAUUGAGGCAGGAGCCAUGGAAAAGCAAGUUUAUGGCGGCAUAAAGCAACUCCACAAGGUUAUUCGAACACUGAAGGAGAAAGGCUUUGAAAAUGUCUCGAGUCGUGCAGAAUCUGUGCUCCACGAACUGGAGGAAUUCGCUCCUUUGGUGCCUCUUAUCGUCGCCCUCAGAAACGAAGGCAUGCGCGAGAGACACUGGGAGAAAGUGUCUGAGGCAGUUGGAAGUCGCAUCGGCCCAGGGACAGACGCCUUUCGUCUGUGUACUUUACUGGACCUGAAAAUAUCGGAUUUCUCUGAGGUGAUUGUCGCCACAGGAGAGUUGGCUGCUCGCGAGCAUCUCAUCGAAAAGUCGCUGAAGAAGAUGAAGCAGGAAUGGCAGGGAGUAUCUUUCAACAUCAACGAAAAAUAUCGAACGACCGAGACGUACAUUUUAAAGGGCACAGACGAAAUCCUUGCUCUCUUCGACGACCACAUCAUGGCAGCGCAAACUCUCCAAUUUUCUUCAUGCAAGAAGCCUUUCGAACAGGAAAUUGAAGAAUGGACGCAAACACUCAUGGCGGCUUCAGAGACUCUGGAUGAGUGGCUGAAGUGUCAACGCUCGUGGAUGUAUCUUCAGCCGAUCUUCGCCUCGCCAGACAUCAUGAAGCAACUGCCUGCCGAAACGAAGAGAUUCAAGACCGUUGACACAUCGUGGCGAGUCCUGAUGCGCCAAACGUCUGAGAAUCCUCUUGCCCUAGAGGCUUGUUCAGUCGCCGGUCUCCUGGAUAAAUUGCGCGAAUCGAACAAGAACUUGGAAAAAGUGACGCUUGGACUGAAUUCCUACUUGGAGUUGAAGCGCAGUCUCUUUGCGCGUUUCUUCUUUCUGUCGAACGACGAACUGCUCGAAAUCCUCUCCGAGACGCAAGACCCCACACGCGUCCAGCCAUUCCUGUGCAAGGUCUUUGAAAACAUGCACAGACUCGAGUUCGACGAAGGCAUGAAUGCUGUUGCCAUGUUCUCUGCAGAGGGAGAGAAAGUGGAGUUCCCAUACCCCUUGGCAACGUACGAGAAGAGUGUCGAAGGGUGGAUGAGUGAGCUGGAGACUCUGAUGCGAAGCGCCGUGCGGCGCGUUCUGCUGCAUGCAACGAGAGAAUAUUCGACAACUCCUCGGACCCAGUGGAUUGUGGAACACCCAGGUCAAGCGGUUCUAACUGGCAGUCAGAUUCACUGGACGCAGCAAGUGGAAGAGGCCAUAGUCGCGAAUCGACUGAAAGAGUAUCUGGGGAAACUGAACGGCCAGCUCAUGGACCUUGUGACUCUGGUGCGGGGUCGUCUGGACAAGUUGCAAAGCAUCACCGUCGGAGCCUUGAUCGUCAUCGACGUGCAUGCAAAGGAUGUCGUGGAGAAGUUGGCCGAAGCGAAGGUGGAGUCGAUUUCCUUUUUCGAGUGGAUUUCUCAGCUGCGCUACUACUGGAGAGACGACUGCUGGGUCCGGUGUGUUCAGACAGACUUCCCGUACGGCUACGAAUACCUCGGCAAUACGUUUCGCCUUGUCAUCACUCCGUUGACAGAUAUGUGUUACAUGACGCUCCUCGGCGCUCAGCAACUCAACCUCGGAGGCGCGCCUGCAGGACCUGCCGGGACGGGGAAGACAGAGACAACGAAGGAUCUCGCGAAAGCAGUGGCGAGACAGUGCGUCGUUUUCAAUUGCUCGGACAUGAUGGACUACAUCAUGGUAGGAAAAUUCUUCAAGGGUCUCGCGUCCUCAGGCGCGUGGUGCUGUUUCGACGAGUUCAAUCGAAUCAACAUCGAGGUCUUAUCAGUGAUUGCGCAGCAGCUGCUGGCUCUGUUCGGUGCCAAGGCUCAGCUCACAGACUUCACAGAGACGACGAGCAUUGAAUUCGAGGGAUCCGAAAUUGUCGUCUUCCCCGCCUUCAACGUUUUCAUCACGAUGAAUCCAGGCUAUGCAGGACGGACCGAACUGCCAGACAACCUCAAGGCUCUCUUCCGCCCGAUGGCAAUGAUGGUUCCAGACUACGGAAUGAUUGGAGAGAUCAUGUUGUACAGUUUCGGAUUUGCGAAGGCGCGAGAUCUCUCUCGCAAGAUGGUGGCGACUUUCAAGCUUGCCUCCGAGCAGCUGUCAGCUCAAGAACACUACGACUACGGCAUGAGGGCAGUCCGCUCUGUGAUUAACGCAGCGGGAGUUUUGAAGAGACGUUCUCCGGACAUGGAUGAAGAGCAACUUCUUCUUCUCGCGCUGCGAGACGUGAACGUGCCUAAGUUUCUGACCUGCGACUUGCCGCUGUUCGACAACAUCAUUUUCGACCUUUUUCCAGGCGUCAAGCACCCGGAGGUCGACCGCAAGCGCCUCCUCGAUACGCUGCAGGACCUCGCGGCGAAGAAAAAUCUGCAAACCGCUCCGGCCUUUCUGGAGAAACUCGUUCAACUCUACGAUACGGUUCAAGUGCGGCAAGGUCUGAUGCUUGUGGGGCCGACGGGAGGCGGAAAAACGACGACGUACCGACUCCUGGCCGACGCCCUGACUGCUCUCAAGGGCAUCGACGACUUCCAAACUGUCCAUGUUCACACAUUGAAUCCGAAGGCGCUGACCUUGGGACAGUUGUAUGGCCAGUUCAACGCGUCGACUCACGAGUGGAAUGACGGCGUAGCGGCAGUGCUUCUCCGACAGGCCGUUCGAGACACAUCCCCCGACAGGCACUGGAUCAUGUUUGAUGGACCAGUCGACGCCAUCUGGAUCGAGAGCAUGAACUCUGUUCUCGACGACAACAAAAAGCUUUGUCUCAACUCUGGAGAGAUCAUCUCCGUCACGAACCGCGUCACCAUGAUGUUCGAGGUGGAAGACCUCGCGAGUGCUUCGCCGGCCACCGUCAGCCGCUGCGGCAUGGUGUACAUGGAGCCUGCAGCGUUGGGUCUCUCGCCGCUGAUGGUCUCCUGGCUUGCGACACUGCCGACUUCCACCUUCUCUUCCGGCGAACGGGAGCUUUUCUCAGAGCUCUUCGAGGCCUUUUUGAGUCCGGCGAUCGCCUUCGUGCGGCAGCACUGCAACGAGCUCAUCCGGACAGUCGACAACAACCUCUGUGCUUCUUGUCUGAGACUCCUAGACUGUCUCCUUACCCCAUUUCGGCCUACAGAAGAUCGCAUGCCUUCGAAAGAAGCCUUGCUGUCUCUCCGCGAAAAAGUACCUUCGAUAUUCUUCUUCUCUCUCACAUGGUCUGUGGGGAGCACGACGGACACUGCAGGGAGGGCGAAGUUCAGCGCCUGGUUGACGUCGCGGAUUUCCGAGACAAAGUUCGAGGCGCCGCGCUUGCCGGCGAAGGCGAGUUUCUACGACGCGUGUUUCCGCGUAGAGGACGGAUGCUGGCGUUUGUGGGGAGAGACGAGAAUUCCUUUCGCAGUCCCGAGAGACGCCAGCUACGAGCAAAUUGUCGUUCCAACCCCCGACUCCAUUCGCAUGACUUUUCUCCUCCAGACCCUCUUGCAGAAGCGGAACAACGUCCUCUGUGCUGGUCCAACAGGAACUGGAAAGACUGUCAACAUCACGGAGUACCUCUACACCGCUGCGCCAGACAAUGUGGAGACCAUCGCGAUCACAUUUUCCGCCCAGACUCACGUCAAUCAAACGCAGGACACGAUAGACGGUCGAAUGGAGAAGAGGCGUCGAGGCGUCUUUGGCCCACCAGCAGGCAAAGUUGCUGUUGUUUUCGUUGAUGAUCUAAACAUGCCAAGAAAAGAAGAAUUCGGUGCUCAGCCUCCGCUCGAGCUGCUUCGACAGUGGUGUGACUACAAAGGCUGGUACGACCGCAAGACUCUGUCCUUCUUCGAAAUUGUUGACACAGUCCUCGUAGGUGCUAUGGCGCCUCCGGGAGGCGGUCGAACAGAAAUCUCCAGCCGCAUGCUUCGACACUUCAACCUCUUGACUUACACCUCCAUGGAAGAUACUUGUGUGGCGACGAUUUUCACAACUCUCAUGCGUCAUUUCUUCAACGCCUUUACUGAGGAAUUGCAGAGUUUGGUCGAGAGUCUCGUGGUCUCCACCAUCGAUGUUUUCAACACUAUUUCCCGAGAACUUCUGCCGACCCCUGCUCACUCGCACUACACUUUUAAUCUUCGAGAGAUCUGGAAAGUCUUUCAGGGCAUGACUUUCCUCUCGCCGAAGGUCAUCCGAACGAAGCAGCAGGUGAUCAAGUGCUGGGUCCACGAAACGAGCCGCGUCUUUGGGGACCGCCUGGUGAACGAGGAAGACCGGCUCUGGCUGCGCGAGCUGCUUCUCUCUCAAACGCAGAAACACUUUGACUUGAGCGCGAAAGACAUUUUCACGAGCGAACGCCUCGUCUUUGCCGACUUCUGUAACUCCUCCGGAGAGCGAUUCUACGAAGAAGUGACAGAUCUUCAGCACUGGCGCAGCGUCAUCGAGAGUUUCAUCAGCGAGUACAACGCAGUGAACGGAGUGGGCAUGCAUCUCGUAGCCUUUUUCGAUGCAUGCGAGCACGUAUCGCGGAUCUGUCGAAUUCUCCGGCAACCUGCUGGCCAUGCGCUGCUGCUGGGCGUCCGCGGCUCCGGGCGCCAGUCUCUCAGUCGCCUCGCCUCCUUCAUCAUGGACUGUGACGCGUUUCAAAUCGAAGUCGUCAAAGGAUAUGGAAUGAAUGAAUGGCGCGACGAUCUGCGCAACUGCUUCCUUCGGUGCGGCCUGGAAGAGAAGGUGCAGACGUUUCUCCUGGAAGAUUCGCAGGUGACGCAGGAGGCGAUGAUGGAGGACCUGAACAAUGUUUUGAGCUAUGGAGACCUUCCUAAUCUGUACAAGAAAGAAGACUUGGAAGCCAUUGUCAACCAGUGCAAAGGCCUCUGCACCCAGCUGGGCAUGCAGCCGACGAAAGUGAAUAUUUUCAAUGCCUACGUGAGAAGAGUGAAGGCAAAUCUUCAUGUCAUUUUGGCAAUGAGUCCUGUUGGAGAUCAGUUUCGAACGCGCUUGCGCAUGUUCCCUGCGCUCACAAACUGCUGCACCAUUGACUGGUUCUCUGAGUGGCCUGCUGAAGCGCUGGUCUCCGUGGCGCGCAUGCAGCUGGAAAGCGACGGCUUGUCUCUGCCAGAUCAGGACGCGGCGAUCGAAGUUCUGCAGUUUAUUCAUCGCUCUGUUCAGGACGCUGCAGAGAAGUUUCUGGCGGAGUGCAGACGUCCUGUUUUCGUCACGCCAACGUGCUUCCUCGAAUUGCUCAAAACUCUAACUGAAACAGUUAAAUCGAAGCAACUCGAGCUGUCCACCAUCAGAGAACGAUUUGGAAAAGGUCUGGGGAAACUCGCAGAGGCAGCCCGACAAGUCGAACGCAUGCAGCAACAACUGCAGGAAUGGCAUCCCGUCCUCGUCGCCACCUCAGAAGAGGUCGAACAGAAGAUGCUGCAGAUUCAGAACGACCGAGCGCGCGCGGACGAGACGAAAGUUCGUGUCUCCCAAGAAGACGCGGAAGCGAGUCAGAAAGCAGCAGAAACGCAGGCGCUGAAAGACGACGCGCAGAGAGACCUCGACGAAGCUUUGCCGGCGCUCGACCAGGCAGUGGACUGUCUGCAAAAGUUGAAGGCUGAGCACGUUCGCGAAGUCAAGGCUCUGACCAAGCCGCCCGCGGGUGUCCUACUCACCAUGGAAGCAGUUUGUAUCAUGUUUCAGGUUCAACCAGUGAAGAAGAACGACCCGGGUCGACCUGGAGGAAAGAUCGACGACUACUGGGAAUCGGCUCAGCACAAACUUCUGAAGGAUCCGAAGAAGCUGCUCGACGAUCUCCUCAACUACGACAAAGACAACAUUCCCGAGUCGACAAUCGUCAAGAUCACGCCGUACCUCGAUCGACAGGACUUCGAUCCAGGCGCGAUCCGAAAAGCGUCCGUUGCAUGCGAGGCGAUUUGCAUGUGGGUGCGCGCGAUGGUUCGGUACUACAACGUUGCGAAGGCAGUGGCGCCCAAGCGCGCGAAGUUGCGGCAAGCUGAGGAGGAGCUCCGCGUGACGACCUGCAACUUGAACGCCGCCAAGGCCAGACUGCAGGAAGUGGAGGCGAGGAUUGAGCGACUUGCGGAGGAGUUUGCCGUCGCCAUGCAGAAAAAGGAGCAGUUGACAUUAGACAUCAAAAUGUGUCAAGUGAAGGUUAAUCGAGCGCAGCCUCUCCUCGAGGGUCUCAGCGACGAACAGGAGAGAUGGACUGAACAAGCAGAAAUGUCGAGAAAUCUCUAUGAACUCAUUCCCGGGCAUGCAAUUGUGAGUGCAGGCAUGAUCGCGUACGGAGGCGCUUUCACGUCGGCGUAUCGAGGCGCACUGGAAACUUCCUGGGUUUCCAAGUUGCGCGAGAUGAAAAUCCCUCACACCUCAGGGUGCAAUUUGCGGCAGUUUCUUGGAGACCCGAUGAAAGUUCGACAGUGGACUGUGGCAGGCCUUCCGAAGGACGAGCUGUCAGUCGAAAACGGAAUCAUCAUCGAUAGAAGCAGACGGUGGCCGCUCAUGAUUGAUCCUCAGUCACAGGCGAAUCGAUUCAUCAAGAACAUGGGCAAGGCUAGCGACCAAGGAUUCGAAACCUGCAAACUGACCGAUGGGAGCUUUCUGCGAGAAAUGGAACUGUCAGUCCAGUUCGGCAAGUGGGUCUUGAUUGAAAACGUGACGGAGAGUUUGGAUCCUUCUCUCGAGCCAAUUUUCCUUCAACAGAAAAUCAAAGAUAGUCAAGGCUGGUGUGUACGUCUGAACGACAAGCUGGUGCCCUGGUCGCCACACUUCAAGCUGUUCAUGACGACGGCGAAUCCGAAUCCGCGCUAUCCUCCUGAAGUCUUUGCGAAGCUCACGGUCCUCAACUUUUCCAUUACUCCUGAAGGGAUGGAGGAGCAGAUGCUGGGACUUGUGGUGUCUCUUGAGGCUCCUGAACUGGAGGAGAAGAAGAACAAGUUGGUGGUGAACAACGCAAAGAUGAAGAAGGAACUGAAAAGCUUGGAAGACAAGAUCCUGCAGCUUCUCUCUCAGUCGCAAGGCAACAUCCUCGAAGACGAAGUGCUCAUCAACACACUCGCUGCGUCAAAGAGGACAGCUGCAGAAGUCAACCAGAAAGUCAGAGAGGCGGAGGCCACAGAAAAGGAAAUCGACAGUGCCCGCGAAUGGUUCUGUCCUGUCGCUUUCCGAGCAAGUCUGUUGUUUUUCUGCGUCGUCGACCUUGCCAAUAUCGAGCCGAUGUAUCAGUACUCUCUGCAGUGGUUUCAAGCGCUUGUAGCAAUGGGCAUUCAGGAGGUCCCGGCAACGAACGACAAAUCAAAGAGGCUCCAGGACUUGAGCGAUCACAUCACAUACUUAAUCUACGAAAAUGUUUCUCGAUCUCUCUUUGAGCGCCACAAAAUUCUCUUCUCCUUCUCUCUCGGCCUCAAGAUUCAAGCGAAACACCCGGUGGACCACCAAGAGCUGCGCUUCCUUCUGACAGGCCCGACAGGCGAGGCUGCUGUUGGGGAGGCCAAUCCAACGACUUGGCUUAGCGACAAACAGUGGGAGGGUAUUCGAGCUUUGUCUGCACUCCCUGCCUUCGCUGGACUCGACAGCUUCUUCCUCGAAAACUCUGAAGCUUUCAAAGUCGUCUACGAUGCUGGAGACGCCCACGAAGAGCCAUUCCCCGAUCGGUGGAACGACCUCACUCCAAUUCAGAAAAUGUGUAUUCUCCGGUUGAUUCGGAGCGACAAGCUGAUCGAUGCGGCGGUGAAUUACGUGGCGAGUGAACUGGGGCAGCGCUUCGUAUAUCCACCUACAUUUGACUUGGCGCGGUCCUACAAAGAUUCGACGAAUGUGACACCUUUGAUUUUCAUUCUCUCUCAAGGCUCGGACCCAGCUGCCAGUCUCAUGUCUUUUGCCAAAGGCAUGAACAUGGGGAGAAGGUUCGAGUCCAUCGCUCUCGGACAAGGGCAAGGUGCGAAAGCUCGGAAACUGAUCGAGGAGGCCUGCAAUCGGGGCGGAUGGGUUCUCCUUCAAAACUGUCACCUUGCGGCCUCUUGGAUGACAGAGUUGGAAAAACUCUGCGAUGGCCUCAACCAAGAAGAAGUUCAUCGCGAUUUUCGGCUAUGGCUGAGUUCAAUGCCUUCCCGGGACUUCCCCGUCUCCAUCUUGCAAAAUGGAGUAAAGAUGACGAAUGAACCACCGACAGGUCUUCGAGCAAACUUGCUGCGGCUGUAUGCGUCCAUUGAUGACCGUACACUCGACAGUUCGAAGAAGCCUGAGGAAUUUCGAAAGCUCUUGUUCGCCUUUUGCUUCUUUCACGCCAUCGUUCAGGACCGCCGCAAGUUCGGCCCGAUCGGCUGGAACAUUCAGUACGAGUUCACGACGGAGGAUCUCGUCGUAUGUCAAAGACAGCUUCGAAUCUUUCUCGACUCAUACGACGAAGUGCCAUACAAAGUUCUGAUCUUCCUGGGCGCGAAAAUCAACUACGGUGGUCGAGUGACGGACGAUCAUGACAAGCUCCUGAUCGAGUGCAUUCUGCAAUCGUACGUGAAUGAACAUCUUAUUGAGGAGGGAUCGGCGUACAAAUUCUCCUCUUCCGGUCUCUACUAUUGCCCAGACGCAACCGACCAGGCUGGCUUUGUAAAAUACAUUCAAAGCCUGCCUAUGAAUCCGAAUCCCGAGGCGUUCGGUCUGCAUGAAAAUGCUAACAUCAACUUCGCACAGAUCGAAGGCAUGAAUCUGUUGAACUCGAUUCUUUCCAUGGCACCGCGGAGUUCAGGGGGAGGCGGUAAAACGCGUGAACAAGUCGUCGAAGAAACCGCCAGUCAGAUUCUCGAGAAACUUGUAGACGAUUUCAACAUCGAGGAAAUUCAAAAAAAAUAUCCGACACGCUACGAAGAAUCCAUGAACACUGUCCUGACGCAGGACGCCAUCAGAUACAACGGUUUGCUUCGGGUCAUGAAGAAGUCUAUCGUACAGCUGCGAAUGGCGCUUAAAGGACGAAUUGUGAUGACGGAAGAACUGGACAAAGUCGCCGACGCACUAUUUGACAACCAGGUUCCGAAGCUGUGGGCAGACAAAGGAUUUUUGUCUAUGAAGCCGCUAAGUUCCUGGACAAAGGAUCUUCACUGUCGCAUUUCCUUCAUACAAGACUGGAUUGAUAAUGGUAUUCCCGUCUGUUUCUGGAUGUCCGGACUCUUCUUUCCUCAAGCCUUCCUAACUGGUGUAUUGCAAAAUUAUGCAAGGAAGCACAGGAUCGCUGUGGAUGGCCUCGUGUUUGACUACAAGCUGAUGGACGACUUAGAUCCCGCAGCAGUGAAGGAGCACCCUCAUGAAGGCUGUUACGUGCACGGCAUUUUCCUAGAAGGCAGCCGAUGGGACAGAGAGCAACAUCUCCUGGCUCCAUCCAAACCCAAAGUCUUGUUUGAGGAACUGCCAGUGGUGUGGUUGUUGCCAACACCAGAACGAGCUCCAUCUACGACAAGAAUGUAUAAAUGCCCUAUUUAUAAGGUGCCCAGUCGAAAAGGGACACUGUCAACCACGGGUCAUUCAACGAAUUAUGUUAUCAGUAUAGAGCUGCCCACGUCAGAUCCUGAGGCGGUCUCAAUUAAGGCCGGCGUCGCGGGCUUCUUGUCCUUGCAAGACUGA